AUGGUUGAGAACAACCUUCAUGCAGUGUCUGGACCCGAUACCGUCGAUGUCAGUAAACGGGCCGCGGAAGUGGCCCGUGCUGCCCACGCCCGCGCAGCAAACGUGCUGAAAACUCAACACCGCCGUGCUGUACGUGCACUGCGUGUCAGUCAAGCAGCUCAUGUACGCGUGUCCAAGGCUGCGUAG